GCAAGAAAGGUGCAAGAUUCUAUAUCCCAUUAACUAACCAUCAAAAUGAUGAGUCAUCUGGAGCAGCUAACUUGAUGGUAAUUUAUGAAAGAAAUACUGUAAAAUUUUUGGUAAAAUGUCUUAGUUUAUCUGGUGCUGUAUAAUAUCUACUAACUAUGUUAUUUCUAGCUCUUAUUUCUCCUUUAGUGGUCCAUUUGAUGUGAGUCAAUUUCUUGUUUCGAUAUCAUGUAUCCUACUAUUUUAUAUAAAUUCAACCUCCCAAAACUCUUUUGCAUUAUCUUGGUAGAGCAAGUGUUGAAACAGUAUCUGCAUCCUAAGCAAUAUAAUAUUUUGAUCUCACUGCAUUGCUGGAUGGAAUUUGCCAGCUUUAUGCAGUUGUGCUUGUGCAAACUGACAUAUGUGGUCUACAUCGAAUUUUCAAAUAGCAUAUGUAAAAGAAAAUAGGUAUCUUCACUAUAAAAGUGAUUAAAGAAAAUGAAAUAGAUAGGUCGUCAACACUUUGCUUGUGCUCAAAUUUUCUCACGUGACUAAUUUUCUAGCUAUGUUACUUGGACUCGAUUACCAAUAAUAACCAACAUGAGUGUGAAUCUAAGCAUCUAAUAUGACUUACUUUGGCAUACAAAGAAUCCAAGCAUCAUAAUUUCCUAGUGCCAAACUACUGAACAUUUUGAUACUUAAUCUUCUGUUCCUACACUAUAAUUACAUCAACAGGAAUUAUACAUAAAGAACAACUAACCAUUUCUUGGUCACCUGGAAAAGAGAGGAUCAUCAAACUCUAGUUAGAGCAAGGGACUUGCUUUGAUACAGCUAAAACUAGCACUAUAAUUUUGAUAUUUGACCUAGAUUUAUGGAAGUUCCAAUUCACCUCAUAAUUUUAUUGGUUUUCUUAAUUGUGACAUGCUCCACGUAAGAUUGCCAACCAUGGAAAUUUGCAAACCAGUUUCAGUUGUGCCAGUCAGCUUCACAUUGUAUUUGUAAACUAAUUGCUGUGGCAAAACUUAAUUGGAGUAGAGUGUACCUAAAAUGAUUUAAAUUUUGAACAUAACCUAAUCAAUAUUCAUAAUUAGGAAAUUGCUAGUGAUGACAUAUUCAGAGAUGUAUAUGAUAAUUAACUGGGGCGUGGCAGAAGUAAGACCUGAACAAGAGGUGAGGAAUAAAAAAUACCAGAUAGAAAAACAAGGAGAUGUAUGGUGAAAUUUUAUUUUCACUUCAACAAUGGUAAAUAUUAGUAUGGCUGAUCGUCAACAUGUCUCUAAAGCGGCUUUUGUGAUGGCUUUACUAGAAUAGAUGAAGUUGGCACGUGCAAACAAGGCAGCUGUCUUUUUUAAUACUCAACUUCAUUCUUUAAGUGCUUUUACUUUCUUGCUCUUGAAACAAUGUUUGUACUUUUAUGCUGUGUUUUUUAUUGCAGAAGGAUAUUCUUUGUUCUCAUCUAAGAAAGGUGAAUAUGUUUACAGGAUUUCUUCCAUAUCACAAUGCAAGGAUUGAUGACUGUUAAACUAGAUGGCUUCAAAUAGCAUUGUUUAUUGUUCAGUUCAUGUUCUCGACUUGCUAUCAUAUGGCUAUCAAGAAAUUUGUUGGUUAGUAAAAGAAAUUCAGGAAAAGCCCUUAGAGAUUCGAUUUUGAAAAAGUUGUUUGGGAAGUUACAGCCUAAACAGAAAAUGCUUCCGGUAACCCCACAUCUGCUGCGCACAUUUUCCAUUCAUCACUUGGAGUGUGAUGACUAUAUUCUUCCAGAGGAAAUGACUAUUAGGAAUGAAACAGCAGUCGAACUGCAGACGUCUGACUCUCAACCUAUUCAGCAAGAUCAACUUUUUGAAAACAAAAUCAACUCCAAAAUUUGUGGAUCAGCUAAUGUCGUAAAACAUGUUGGCCACGAUGAGCUAGUUGAGACUGAAGAACAGGCUAUGCAUAAGGAAAAACUGCAUGCAGCACGUGAAGCACAUAAAGAGUUGCAUUUGAAAAUUGAGGAAGAUCCAAAUUCUGUUCUAGAGAGUUAUUCAACGGAUGGUAAGACAUCCAGUUCAAUUAAAAGACUUAACAACUCUGAUUCAUUUCCAACUCAUUUGUUAGGUACAGAAGGAAGAAAACAUGGUAAGAGUAAUCAAAUUGCAUCCAAGGAGAAUCCUCGGAUUUCGAUGGAUGGGUUGCUCCAUAAAAUCCCCUAUGGAGAGAAGGUAUCCAGGGAAGCAUUAAAGAGAAAGCUGUUUCGGUCUGCCUCAGCCAAAUCAGAUGGGGAGAAAGUGCACCAUAAAACCAUUCAUAGAUCUCGUUCUCUUACUGAAUCAUUGGAUCAGUAUUCUAGUUUGCUAAAUUCCUGUUCAGUUAGAGAAAGCAAAAUGACAUCUGAGUCCUUAAACUCGAUUAACAAACACAGCAGCUUGCAGGACAAGGAUGAAGUGAAAAAUUAUAAAAGGCUUCUUUCUAAUCCUGAAUAUGGUGCUUACCAUUCAGAUAAGAAAAUUCAGAAGGGACUUUUCAAGGCAUCUCUAUCAUUAAAUGAAACAGCAGUCAGCCAACUGGAUGUUGAUGGCUUCAUUGAUACAUGUGGUUUUGCUGAGUCAAAGUUAGUCGAGUCCCCUCUUUGUGUGGAAGUCAAAAUGGAAACUGCUAAAUCUGCAGAUCAAAUUGCUAAAGUGAAUUUUUGUGAGACAGCUGAUGAACAACCUUUGUUAAACAUUACUGUACCUGAGUAUCGUGAAGUGUUUGAAAUCACAGAGACAUCAGAUGAGCAUGGUAUCCCUUUUCAGUUUCCUAAUAAUUCAUUCUUGGAUAGUGAGUCUUACCAGAUUGAACAACCUGAAUCAAAUGAAAAAGGAAAAAGCAUUGCUUCCAUGGACAAGCUGCCAAGGGUACCUGAAACAGAUCCAAGUGCUGAACCAACAAAACAGAGCCAAAUUUCUAAUCUUGACCCAUGUUUUGAAGAAGAAAUUGCGAAGUCAUCAAAAUAUAUAAUUUCAGAAGAUUCUAUACUUAAGAGCCUCCAUUUGAAGGACCUCACGGCAUUGCCAGAACUGGUGAACUCUUUGGAUGUUACUGCAUCCAGUUCCAAUAGUGAAGCGCCAGAUGGAUUAUCUACUUCUGAUUCUUUUUACAUUCAAUUGGAUCAAGAAGAGGAAGCUGAGUUCAAAUACGUUAGGGAUACCUUGAUGAGGUCCAAUAUAAAUAGUUCCGAGUUUAUUGAAGAAUGGUAUCCUCAGUACCAGCCACAUGAUCCUUUUCUUUUCGGAAAAAUGGUCGACACAUUUGAUGAAUCUGAAACUGCAUCCCUUGAUCAUCUGCUUCUAACUGAUCUGAUAAACGAGGUGCUACUUGAGACCUAUGAAAAGUCUUUCCUUCAGAAUUGGUUCUUGCUCAUACAUCGUAGCCCAAGGACAAUUCCUUUGGGCCAUCAUCUUCUCAAGGGAGUCUGGAUGAAGAUUAGCAAACUUCUUAAUUUGCAAAGGCAGUCGAAUCACACGCUACAAAAUGCCAUGGCACAAGAUUCUGCAAACGACAACAGGUGGUUGAACUUACAGUGGGAAGCUGAGGCUGCAGGAAUGGAGUUGGAGUGCCUUGUACUGGGUGAUUUGCUAGAUGAACUGCUGCUCGAGCUUAUUGAUAUAUGAACUUGCCAACCAAUUUGGUCUCUUAUUUGUAGAUCUAUCGUUAACAUAGUUCAUACUCCAACAAUGUUCAUACAAAUACUCAUACAGCGGUUGUUUUGUUUUGGAAAGAAAAUGUUGUAUAAAUCAGGUUGUUUUGUUUUGGAAAGAAAAUGUUGUAUAAAUCAGGUUGUUUUGUUUUGGAAAGAAAAUGUUGUAUAAA